GGACGUGACGUCACCGUGUGCGACGUGGGAGUGGGAGCUGGGACCUUUAGGGCCUUGGUACCGGGAAUCCCGGGGAGAGGUCCUGCACGUUACCACAAUGUUCGGCUCCAGCCGGGGCGGCGUGCGCGGCGGGCAGGACCAGUUCAGCUGGGAGGAUGUGAAGACAGACAAGCAGAGGGAGAACUACCUGGGCAACUCGCUGAUGGCCCCAGUGGGCCGCUGGCAGAAGGGCCGUGACCUCACUUGGUACGCCAAGGGCCGGGCGAACAGCGCUGGACUGAGCCGGGAGCAGGAAUUGGCGGCUGUGAGGCAGGCGGAACAGGAGGCGCUCAUGGCAGCGCUAGGCUACAAGAACGUAAAGAAGCAGCCCACCGGCCUGAGCAAGGAGGACUUUGUCGAAGUUUGUAAGCGGGAAGGUGGUGACCCCGAGAAGGGAGUGGACCGGCUUCUGGGUCUGGGGAGCUCCAGUGGCUCUGUAGGGCGAGUGGCGCUGUCCCGGGAAGACAAAGAGGCCGCUAAGCUGGGGCUUUCGGUAUUCACGCACCACCGCGUGGAGAGCAGUCGGCCAGGGACCUCCUUGGCUUUGGCCAAGAAGAAGCCUCGGUCAGAGGAGAAGGUGGAGCCGGGUCCUGAAAGCCACAGGAAGAGCAGGAAAGAGAAGAAAAAGAAGAGGCACAAGAAAGAGAAGAGGAAGAAAGAAAAGGAGCGUGGGAGAAGGCUGGACUCCUCACUGCCCCCUGCCCCCGGCCAGCGUGACUCUGACUCCUCAACUUGCUGCAAGAAGCGCAGGCAUGACAGCGACUGAGGCCCAGGGGUCUGGAGGACUGGCCUGUGGGGGUUACCCCAGGCUCCCAGAGAGGCUUGCAAGUCCCUCAGUCAUGUCCGACUCUGUGACCCCAUGGACUAUAGCCCGCCGGGCUCCUCUGUCCAUGGAAUUCUCCAGGCCAGAAUACUGAAGAGGCUUAGUUGUGGCCCAGUAUGGCUACUGCUAUUUUUCUUUGUAUUGACUCUUUGUACUUAAAUAAACUUAUUUUAAGUGGAAAGUGUCUUAUA